UCGAAAGCUCCAGAUGAGUCUAGGUGUUGUUUCCUGCCGAGCUGGGCCGCUAGGUACCAGUAGUUAGCGUAGGUUGCUCCGCAGGGCGGGCAGGAUCACUGCUCGACAAACAGGCAAUUGUCGGACGGAAGGCGGGGGGAAACCAUGACACACUCGUUGACUCAAAUGCCUCCCCUCCAGACCUCGAGUAACCGCCACGGUCCAAAAUUCGUUGAGCAUGUUGUGUAUGCAGGUCGAUGCAGGAACUGGCCCAGCCCACGCGCUUUGCCCUCUUCGCCAUAGAUUGACUGGACAAAGUUCCACCUCAAAUCCGCCAGUCCCGCAGGCACUCCACCUAACCAUCGAACAUUGUGGUCCCGCAUCAAUUGCACUGGGGUUGGUGUUCCUGUCGCGAGAAUGUCGAAGGUGCCUGCGGGGUUGUGGAAAAAGUUCAUUGCGGUGCAGGUAUAUGGUGCCAACACUGAUGUUGGAAAGACAGUGUUCUCUUCACUCCUCGGCAAGCGUUUCAAAUUUGGACAAGUGAACAGUAAAAAAUGGCAGGUUCAGUACAUCAAGCCUGUCUCGACGGGCCCUCAAAGCGACCGCGAUGAUGCCUACGUACGGAGGCACUCGGGUUGUUCAGCUGUACAUACACUAUUUCAGUUUCAGAAUCCUGUCAGUCCUCACAUCGCAGCUCGAGAAAUAGCGCAACACGCAAGAGAUAUCCCAAACGAUGAUUAUGUCAAUGCUCGUCUUAGUCAGAAGCUCUGCGAAAAUGCAUUUGCACUCCAGUUAGAGUCAGGUGAUUAUGGCUUGGGCAUUGUGGAGACUGCUGGAGGAGUACUCAGCCCAGGGCCCUCAGGAACGCCACAGGCUGAUAUCUACCGAUCGCUACGACUUCCAGUAGUGCUUGUUGGCGACCACAAACUGGGCGGUAUAGCUGCUACAAUCUCAGCUGCCGAGUCGCUCAAGAUGAGAGGCUACGAUAUCGAUGCCGUUGUCUGCUUUGAUGAUAAGGGCAAGUAUCAGAAUGCGGAGUAUCUGAAGACUUACUUAAAGGACAACAUGGAACUCCCCGUUUAUACCAUACCGUGGAUCCCCCACCUUGUCGGCACAUCCACUCAGUUGGAGCAAGAGUUGAUGAUGGAAUACUACAACGAGACUUCCCGACAUUCUGAGGUAGAGGGGGUGGCACAACGCAUUGUAGAUCGACAUGCUGCGCGAAUUGAGAACAUGGACAGUAUGGCUUCACGGACGCAACAGAAGAUCUGGCAUCCGUUCACACAGCACAAACAUGUCGAGAAGGCAGAGGAUGUGCUUGUAUUCGAUUCGGCUCAUGGUGACUUCUUCCAAGUCAAACGCACUGCAAGAUCAGAUCCCAAGAGUACUGAGGACACUUCACCGAUACUGUAUCCUGCAUUUGACGGAUCUGCGAGUUGGUGGACUCAAGGGCUGGGACAUGGUAAUCCUCGUUUGGCCGUUGAAGCGGCGUACGCAGCUGGCCGUUACGGACAUAUUAUGUUUGCAGGAGCGACCCACGAACCAGCGCUAAAGCUUGCCGAGCAUGUCCUCAGAGGACUGCAGAAUCCUCGCCUAACUAAGGUGUUCUACACCGAUGACGGGAGCACAGCGACCGAAGUUGGCAUCAAGAUGGGCGUCCGUGCUGCUUGUAAACAUUACGACUGGGACGGCUCGAAAGAGGCUAUCGGAGUGCUUGGACUAAAAGGCAGCUACCAUGGCGACACGAUUGGCGCCAUGGACGCAUCUGAGCCGUGUGUCUUUAACGAGAAGGUGGACUGGUACCGAGGACGCGGCUACUGGUUCGACUAUCCAACAUUCAAAUUGAAGGAGGACCGAUGGGUCGUUGAGCCACCUGAGGGUAUGGACAAGGAGUUUGGACCCACACGUUUUUUUGCUGAGCAGGACGAUAUCUUUGAUUUCAAAGCCAGAGGUAGAUCUCAUCACUACGAAGCCUACAUCGAGAAGACGUUGAAUAAGCUUGUCAAGGAACAAGGCAGGAAAUUCGGCGUACUGGUCAUGGAGCCAGUCAUUCUUGGGGCUGGUGGCAUGAUCUUCGUCGAUCCCCUCUUCCAGCAGAGCCUUGCACGCGUUGUGCGUCGUUACAACUUCGCGACAUCUGAGGUCGCGCCUGCGCCGAUCGAGGGCGAGUAUGCAUGGUCUGGCUUGCCAGUCAUGUUUGACGAAGUCUUCACAGGCUUGUACCGUCUUGGGCAAUUCUCGUCUGCAUUCUUCCUGGAAGUACACCCGGAUAUCUCUGUUCACGCUAAACUUCUCACGGGAGGUCUGCUGCCCCUAUCGAUCACAGCUGCCAGUGACUCGAUCUUCCAAGCUUUCUGGGGCGACGAGAAGUCCGAGGCUUUACUCCACGGACACAGUUACACUGCCCAUCCUAUUGGCUCUCACGUUGCUAAUGUGAGCUUGAAAACUAUGGAUGGGUACUAUAACGGAAGUAAGUGGCAAUCUUUCAAGUCGGAUUGGAAAGUCAACAAAGAAGCAUCUCCACCGGGGAUGAAAGAGACCGACGGGGUACAUACGCCAUGCAAGGUAAUACCGUCGAUGCGCGACUCCGAUACUGCUCGCAUCAAAUUCUGGAGCUUCUGGUCGAAAGAGUUUGUGUUCAAUCUCUCGCGUCACGAACGCGUUGACCAUGUCAACGCUCUCGGAUCUGUUCUGGCUGUAUCACUGAAGGACCAGUCUGGAGCUGGCUACACAUCUUCUGCAGCCGUGGGACUUCGCGACGCACUUCUUUUUGAGCAUAGCAAGAUCCAGAUCCACUCGCGCAUUCUCGGCAACGUCAUCUAUCUCAUGGCGAGUUUGACUUCAACCGGGUCUGAUCUACACACGGUCGAAGAGGCGUUCUUGCAGAGAUUGGAUGCCAUGGAUUAGUACACUCCAGAUUAACAAUAUUAAUGUAUGCGGUGUACGCCGUACAGUCA